AUGUUGAAUAUGGCACAACAGAUGAAACAUUUCAAGACAUCACUCGAGACCACAGAUGACGGCAAUGAAGACAAUUACAGACAACAGUCUCAAAUCUAUGCAAAAGACUCUUUGGAUCGAUUCGGUGAUGACUUUUGUGCACUUCUCUUGUCUUAUCUCUCACUCGAAGAUCGGUUUCGAUUGGAAUGUGUGUCCAAACAGUUCCAGAGGACAGUCUUUGAGAGUGUAGUGGACAUCACUUUUAGCGAUGAAUUUAUUAAGAGAUUAUCGAAGGAAAAGAGAAGUGCUAUAGAAAUGGUUGCCAUAAAGUGUGCAAACAUUCAAACCAUUGACUGCCAAGAAAUAGACAUUAUAUAUAAGCAACACAUUCCCGAAGUGUUGACCACUUUUCGAGACAAUUGCCGGCAUUUAAGUGAUAUUUACUGCAAUUUAUCGGUGAAUAGCAACCAAUUAUUGCCCACAUUUGGACCACUGAUCACACGAAUUGAAAUCAUUUACCCGAAGGAUAAACAAUUGCUCAUUCAUUGCCACCGAUUGUCUCAAUUAAAUAUCAAUUCGUUGUCCGAAGUCUUCGACAGCACUUCCCAACUAUUGGUGAAGAAUUUACACAAAUUUGUAUUUAUGUACGAAUCGACUGAUAAUAAGGAACAGUUGUCCGCAUUUGUGGCACACAAUCAGUCCCUCACAAGUCUUGGCGUAUGGAGUGAUGAGACUUCACCCGAAAUGUGCGAACAAUUGUCACAAUUAACACAAUUACGAGAAUUGAGAGUCAAUUUUGGGAUAAUGAGUGGCGAGAACUCAUUGUCUGAGUCUUUGCGCACAAUUGGCGUGAAUUGCAAACAAUUGCAACGAUUGUCACUAUUGUUGAUGUAUUCAACUAAUUUACCUCUAAAUCUCAAGACAUUGGAUUCGUUGAGAUGUUAUCACAUAUUAAAACGAUUGCGUUUAGUAGUCUAUAAGCCUAUCGAUCGGCAACUGUUGGAACCGUUGAAACUCUGCCACCGAUUAACACAUUUAACACUCUUUUUAAAACAAAUGAUUUACAAAUUACCAGAUAAUUGUAACAAACAUUGGCCGCGACUUCAGUACUUAUCCAUCAGUGCUCAUGACAUCCAUCGCGAGUGUUUGGAUCACAUCUCAAGACUACCGGCUCUUCAAAUGCUUAUCAUUGAAUGCAAUGCCUCUAAAGGCAAUCAUAUGAAACACAAGAAGACAUCACUCGAGAUCACAGAUGAGGGCAUUGAAGACAAUAAACAACAGACACAAAUCUAUGCGAAGAACUCAAUGGACAGAUUCGGUGAUGAUUUGUGUGCACUUAUAGUGUCUUAUCUCUCAUUUGAAGAUCGGUUUCAAUUGGAAUGUGUGUCCAAACAGUUCCAGAGAACUGUCUUCGGGAGUGUUGUGGACAUCACUCUUAGCGAUAGAUUUAUUCAUAAAUUCAUUAAUGAGAACAAAAUUGACACCAAUUUUAUAAUUGGAACCCUAUUGUUGGCCACAAUUGCCAUAAAGUGUCCACACAUUCAGUCCAUUGACUGUCGAGGAAUAAGCGCUGAAUAUGAGAAACACAUUCCCGAAGUGUUGAACAUAUUUCGAGACAAUUGCCGACAUUUGCGGCAAAUUUAUUGCAAUUUAUGGCCAAAUAGUGAGCAUUUGAUGUAUACAUUGGGACCACUGGUGACCCGAAUCGGUUGCAUUGAGUCCAUGAGUGAAAGUGAUUCACUCAUUCAUUUACACCGAUUGUCUCGAUUACUGGCCGUCUCUUUCAAUGACAUCUUUGGUAACUCUAAUGACUCACUAUUAGUGCAUAAUUUGCAUACAUUUGAGUUAAAAGAGUAUUCAGAUUCAGAUAUACACCGAUUGUCGGCAUUCGUGGCACAGAAUCUGUCCCUAAGAAGUGUUACGUUUACCACAACUGACACAAUGACCGGACUGUCGGCACAAUUGUCACGAUUAACACAAUUACGGGAAUUAACCGAAAUGAGUGACAAAUUACUGGAUAAUUGUGAAAAACAUUGGCCACGACUUCAAUACCUGUCAAUCAAAGCAAGAAUAAUGAUUCGCGAGUGUUUGGAUCGCAUCUCAAGACUACCGGCUCUGCAAAUGCUUGUCAUUGAAAGUCAUAAGCUAUGA